UCCCUUCCUUCCUCGCCGCCGCCUCCUCCUCCUUUCCCCCCUGUGCCAGCGAGCGGCGAGCUCGGGGCUGUCCUCUGCGCUCUCUUCUGCCUGCCUGCCUGCCUGCCUCCGCCUCCACCUCCUCCUCCUUCGCCGCCGCCUCCUCCUCCUCUGCCACACGGUGCAUGCCCAGCAGCGGCAACAACAACAAAAAGCUCGCCCCGGCAGCCCAGCCUGGAGCGGCUCCUCAGCCCGGAGCCAGGGGGCUCAAGCCGCUCUGCCCAGCCCCGGAGCCGCCCGCCGCCCUCCCGCUUCCCUCGCCUGCUGCUGCCGCCGCCGCCGCUGCCAGCCGACGCGGCGGACUGACUUCGCCAUGCCCAGGAGGAAGCAGCAAGCGCCCCGGCGCGCAGCAGCAUACGUUUCAGAUGAAAUGAAGGCAGCCGCGAUGGUGGAAGAUGACCCAGAAUCAGAUGAGAACCUGGCAGAUGGAGAACCUUCCGCAAAGUAUGCCUGUCCCGAAAAGGACUUUGGUAAGAACUGCCAGAGCUAUCAGAACUCCCCAGUGGCUGAAUUUUCCAGCCACGAAAUGGACAGCGAGUCGCACAUCAGCGAGACCAGCGACCGAAUGGCCGACUUCGAGAGCAGCUCCAUCAAAAACGAGGAGGAGAGCAAAGAAGUUUCCAUCCAGCUCGAAGAGUCCGUGGUCUCUGACAGCUUGGAGCAGAUGAAAGCCGUCUACAACAACUUCCUCUCCAACUCGUACUGGUCCAAUCUCAACUUGAAUCUCCACCAGCCGACCUCUGAAAAAAACAACGGGAGCAGUAGCAGCAGCAGCAGUGCUAGCAGCAGCAGCUGUGGAAGUGGAAGCUUCGACUGGCACCAGACAGCCAUGGCAAAAACACUGCAGCAAGUUUCGCAGAACAGAAUCCUUCCCGAGCCCAGUCUUUUUAGCACAGUUCAAUUGUACAGACAAAGCAGUAAGCUUUAUGGCUCUAUAUUUACUGGAGCCAGUAAAUUCCGCUGUAAAGACUGCAGUGCUGCCUAUGAUACUUUAGUAGAAUUAACAGUGCACAUGAAUGAAACAGGACAUUAUCGGGAUGACAACCAUGAAACGGAUAACAACCCGAAAAGAUGGUCCAAACCUCGUAAACGCUCUUUGCUUGAAUUGGAAGGGAAGGAAGAUGCUCAGAAAGUAUUAAAGUGUAUGUACUGUGGCCAUUCUUUUGAAUCGCUUCAAGACUUGAGUGUCCAUAUGAUCAAAACGAAACAUUACCAAAAAGUGCCUCUGAAGGAACCCGUAACCCCUGUAGCAGCAAAAAUCAUUCCAGCCACAAGAAAGAAAACGUCCCUAGAGCUGGAGCUUCCAAGUUCUCCCGAUUCCACUGGUGGGACACCAAAAGCAACCAUCUCUGAUGCCAACGAUGCACUUCAAAAGAAUUCCAAUCCAUACAUUACGCCAAAUAAUCGUUACGGACAUCAGAAUGGUGCCAGCUAUGCCUGGCAUUUUGAGGCAAGGAAAUCUCAAAUUCUGAAGUGCAUGGAAUGUGGCAGUUCCCAUGACACUUUGCAGGAACUCACUGCCCACAUGAUGGUGACCGGACAUUUCAUUAAAGUCACCAACUCUGCCAUGAAGAAAGGGAAACCUAUUAUAGAAGCCCCUGUCACACCCACCAUCACAGCUCUGCUGGAUGAGAAAGUACAAUCUGUGCCACUUGCAGCCACUACAUUCACAUCACCUUCCAAUACACCAUCUAGCAUCUCUCCAAAAUUAAAUGUCGAAGUAAAAAAAGAGGUUGAUAAAGACAGGAUGAUUGCUGAUGACAAGAUGAAAGACAAGGAGAAAUCCAAUGAAGAGGAGGAGAAAUACGAUAUCUCUUCGAAAUAUCAUUAUUUGACUGAAAAUGACUUGGAAGAGAGUCCAAAAGGUGUGGAUAUUUUAAAGUCUUUAGAAAACACGGUCACAUCAGCUAUUAACAAGGCUCAAAAUGGCACACCAAGUUGGGGUGGCUACCCCAGUAUUCAUGCUGCCUACCAGCUACCCAACAUGAUGAAGUUGUCUUUAGGUUCGUCAGGGAAAGGUACGUCCUUAAAACCAAUGUUUGCAAAUGCAGAUGUGUCGCCGACCAAAAGCCAGCCUCUAGUUUCCCCACCAAGCAGCCAAACCUCUCCUGUGCCGAAGACUAACUUCCAUGCUAUGGAAGAGCUAGUUAAGAAAGUCACAGAGAAAGUGGCCAAAGUUGAAGAAAAAAUGAAGGAACCUGAAGGAGGGAAGUUCUCGCCAUUGAAGAGAGCAACACCUUCACCAUGUAGCAGUGAAGUCAGCGAGCAGCUCAAGAUGGACACCUCCAAUGACAUUAGUUUUAAGAGCCAACAGAAUAGCCCUGUUUCUCAGAGGGAGAGUUGUAAGGACAGCCCAACUGGGGAGCCAGUGAAAAUGGUAAGGAGCUUGUCAAAGCAAUCUCAAGUUCCCUUAAGUAGCAGCACAGCUAUUAUUACUGACCACCCUCCCGAACAGCCAUUUGUAAAUCCAUUAAGCGCAUUACAGUCUGUCAUGAAUAUUCACCUUGGGAAGGCAGCUAAACCCUCUCUGCCUGCUCUGGACCCAAUGAGUAUGCUCUUUAAAAUGAGCAACAGCUUAGCCGAAAAGGCUGCUGUGGCCACCCCACCCCUACAGUCCAAAAAACCGGACCACUUAGACCGUUAUUUUUAUCAUGUCAACAAUGACCAGCCCAUAGAUUUGACGAAAGGCAAGAGUGACAAAGGCUGCUCUUUGGGUUCAGCGCUUUUGUCAUCCACAUCGGCAUCGUCUGCUUCUUCUUCAUCUACAGUGACAACGGCAAAGACAUCUGCGGUUGUGUCAUUCAUGUCAAACUCGCCGCUACGCGAGAAUGCCUUGUCAGAUAUAUCUGAUAUGCUGAAGAACCUGACAGAAAGUCACACAUCAAAAUCUUCCACACCUUCCAGCAUAUCUGAGAAAUCUGACGUUGAUGGGACCACGAUAGAAGAACCGGAAGAGGACCCGGCUCAGAAAAGGAAGGGACGGCAGUCUAAUUGGAACCCUCAGCAUUUACUCAUAUUGCAGGCCCAGUUUGCAGCCAGUUUACGGCAGACGUCAGAGGGGAAAUACAUCAUGUCAGUGAGCCCUCAGGAGAGAAUGCACAUUUCCAGGUUUACAGGACUCUCCAUGACCACCAUUAGCCACUGGUUGGCCAAUGUGAAAUACCAGCUUCGAAGGACAGGGGGGACGAAGUUCCUUAAAAAUUUGGACACCGGGCAUCCGGUGUUCUUUUGUAACGACUGUGCUUCACAAAUCAGAACUCCUUCGACAUAUAUCAGUCACCUUGAAUCGCAUCUAGGUUUCCGGCUACGAGACUUGUCCAAACUGUCCAGUGAACAGAUUAACAAUCAGUUAGCACAAACCAAGUCGCCCUCUGAGAAACUCUUGGCGCCCUCACCAGAGGACGAACUAGGAACUUCUUACCAGUGUAAACUUUGCAAUCGGACUUUUGCGAGCAAACAUGCUGUUAAGCUCCAUCUCAGUAAAACACACGGGAAAUCACCAGAGGACCAUCUCCUGUAUGUUUCUGAAUUAGAGAAACAGUAGCAUUGGCUUUUGACAAAAAAAAGGGGGGGGGACAAUAACAACUGUACUUUAGCUUUGAGGAAAACUGUCAAACACGCCUUAAAGCUCUCUCUUUUUGUGUUCUUGGCACAUAAUUCUUAUUUUAACUCUGAGGUGUCAUUCUGGCCUGAACUUCUAUUUUUUUUUAUAUAACUGUAUAGUGUUUAAUAGAGGUGCAUAAUCAGCUGUUGUUACUGGUAAAAAUAUGAAGGUUAAAACGCAGUGGUAAGUGUUUGGAACUUUGUGUAAAUUGGGGUUUAGUUGAUGUGCAUCCCUCCGAUGCCUCAGACUGCAUGCAUUAAACAAGACAGUUUAAUUAAUCAUUUAUUAACUAAUUCUGGUGCACUUUUUUCAUGGUGAUUAAGUGUGCUGGUUAAUUCGCACCCUGUAAAUCUUUAGCCCUCUGAGUACUUUGAAGCACUUUUGCAUUAAUUUUUUUUUUUAAAAAAAAAACUAUGUGGAUGUAUUCUUUUUAAAAAAACAACAACAACAAAUCCCCUUCUGAUUUAGGACACAUCCAGAGAGCGUCAAGAAUCUGGCUUGACUAUGACGCGCCACUAUCCAUGUGCACCUGUUGCUUGUGUAUCCAGCUAGCUAGAACUUGUUGUGGCAGCUGAAGGAUGGCUCACAUCGCUUGUGUGGUUUCCAUUGAGAUGUUGCCUCCAAAUGCAGGUUGCCCAUUGAUUGGGUGCACAAGCUAGACAGGCGUCAGGCUGGUGGUACUUCCUGUGACAUCCCAAACCACUCUUAUGUCAGGGAUCCAAUGCCUUGCGAAAGCGCUUCCAGUACUAGCAGUCCAGAAGCAGAGCCCCUUCUUCUGCUCCCUUGGGCAGCCGACAUGAACUGGCAGUCCUUGUGGUUGGUUCUCUGUGGUGUGUGUGUGCGUGUCUCAGAGGGGGAAAUGGCUUGCCUUUCCCUUGGAUACUUUCUGCACAUUUGGUUGUGUGGUACAGUGCCCAUCAAGGACCAUGGAAUCCUGCCAGCUGGGCACACCAUUGGAGUUAACGAACGGACUCCACAUAGGGUGGGGUGUCUCCCACCUUGAAACUUUAAGAUAUAUUAUUUUCACAUUGAAACAUAGAUGUAUAUAUUGUAUAGAUUUCAAAAUCCUCUGAUGGAAAAUGUGAUUGUGGACAAUGCCGUUUCUUCUUCUUCUUCUUCAACUUUUUUUUUUAAUUGAUUGGUUUUGUACCUGAUAUGCUCCAAGUAUAAGUGGUACCUAUAAAUAUAUAAAUAUUAUAUAUAUAAAUAUAUAAAAUAAUAAUGUAUAUUUCUUUUCUAGGGUCAAAGGGUUUCCUUUUAACAUCUGAACAAUGUAAAUUAUAUGAAAGAUACGACAGAUGGCAUUUAUAAAGUAUUCAGAAACAUUAUUCUUGAAGCAAAGUAUAGUUGGUUCUUUUUUUUUUUGUUCUUUUGCUAUACAGUGCAUCUAUAUUGAUAGAGGUUCAUGUUUAAAUUAUACAUAUUUAUUAGUUGUUUGCUACCUUUUUUUAAAGAAAAAACAUUCUGAUAACAAGCCACGGACUGGCAUGCAUUCGACCUAUUUUGCACAACAUGACUUAUAAAAAAUAUUAUUAGUAAAAAACAAAUAGAAAAAAACAAUUCAAAAGAGAAAUUUUCAAAAUCAACUCAGUGCUCAAAGGGUUAAAUCUAUUUGGGGGCGGGAGAAUUUAAGAAAAAAAAAUCUUGUACUGUAUUUCCUAAACAUUGAUAAAAAAAAAGCCUUUAAAAUGUUUGUACUGUAAUACUUUGCUUAAAAGUUAUGAUGAGGCAUUCUGUGAUAUAUUCUCUUCUACUUAUUUAUAAGAGCUCUUGGUUGUUAUUUUGUACUUGCGGAAUGCCUUUUUUUGUUUGUUUGUUUCAUUUCAGUUGGUAACUUUCUGGGUUUUUUUUUUUUUUUUUUGUUCUUCCUAAUUAUUCUCCCAAGAUUUCAGACUGCAGUUUUAUCUUUAGGCAUAUGAAAGGUAACCCGUGGUUACCAGCGCACUAAGUGAUUCUGUUCGUCUCCAUUUUUUGGCAGUUAAUUUGCAGAGCUAACUGACAGCUGACACCGUAUGAGAAUCUAUGUGUACAGUAUUGGCAUGUAAACAGCACAGACCCAGAAUCGCACACUCUGUGCCCCUGUUUUGUUGUUGACAAUGUGGCACCAUUAUAUGACUCUUCAUAUAACCUUUCUUUUUUUCUACAGCCGCAUUAAAAAUUGUCUUUUUUGCUAUAA